AUGAAUUUUCUAAUCUUCCUAGCCAUUUUCUGCUCAAUCAGUGCUCUCCGAGUAUUUCCAGAUGCAAUUCAACGCGCUCGAACUCUUGACAGAAAAAUCAUUGGCGAUAUCAAAUUCAAGAAACUCGCUGAACUUGCGUUGAACUUCAAGACUGAUACAUUCACCUACACAGCAUGUGGAGGCCGACCAAUGCGAUUUUCUGACGUCGUUUCAUUCUCACAAAACCUUCCGCUUCGUCAAGCGGAUGCUAUUCAGUCAAAUGUGCUUUCCGCCCAGUUUUCUGGCAAUACAUUAAUCUAUCUUACCAGGAUUAGCAAUAUUCCAUUUGUCUCACAAAUUCGUGGCACAGCUAUUCCGGAUGCUCGCGCACCAGCUGGUUUUAAAUUGAUUCGUGCUGAACAAGUUUGCUAG